UGAGCUGCUAGUCUCUUGCUCGUGCAAGCUAAAACCCAGGUAUACUUGUAUUUUUAGCUGAUUAGUACUCUUGUUUUAGUGAUGGGAACAUGUGAUUAUGAUUUUAAGUUUUGAUAAUGCUGUUUUUUAUAUGAAUUAUAUAUGUCUCUACUGAUGAUGUAUAGCUUAAAACUUUCGUUCUUCUGAGAAAUUACCCAUGUGGAAUUCAUAUGGAGACCUGAACUGAAGAGACAUCUUGUGAUUUUUUUUUUCCCUCUUGGCUUACCAGUAAUUGGGUUUUUGAGUGGUCUGAUUAUCAUCAUAUAAAAUGUUUAAAACGAUUGUCAAAUGAUUUUUGUGUGGCCUCUGAGGAUGAUGAGUAGAAUACUUUCGUUCUUCUGAGAUGUUCCAUGCGGAAACCUUUUGGAGACCUGAACUGAAGAGGCUUGAUUCUGAUUUCUAUGUUGAAAAUCUGGACUAUUUGACCUUUCUUUUUAGUACAUUUCUAGCUUAUAUUCUAUAUUUUUAUUACAUUUUUAGUGCAUUUUUUUACUUGAGAAUGGAACCUUGUUGAAGAUUUGUUGCGGGUUUGGCAAUGUGGCAAUUGAAGAUAUUGCCUGUGUUUUUAGGAUCGUGUUUUGAAGUAAGACCAACUUUUAAGCCUCCAUAGUGUUUGUGUGAUCAGUUUUAUAUUUCUUAAUCCAUUAUAUCUCCUCCUUUGUUUGACUAUUGAGGACUUGAAUUCACUGAUUUGUAUUGCAUGUUUUCAUCUAAGAAAUUUCAAUAUAAGAUGUAAAAUUAUCUAUUUCGGUCUUGAGUUUCUAGUCAUUUUUAUUUAUUGUUGUUUUAGACAUCUAAGAUCUUCUUUUUCCCCCUCUCUAAUGAUGUGGUUUAUAAAACUUUCGUUCUCCUGAGCUUAAUAAUGCUGAAAAAUUGUGGAGACCUGAGCUGAAGAGUUUUAAAGAAGAUCUUCAAUAUCUGAUCUGUGCUGGGGAUAUUUGUUGAAGAGAACUUAAAAAGAACCAAGUCCUUUCAAGAUGAGCCGGCCAAUGGAGGAAGAGGGUAGCAAGAAUGAGGAGGAGGAGUUCAAUACAGGACCCCUUUCAGUACUCAUGAUGAGUGUCAAAAAUAACACACAGGUGCUCAUUAAUUGUCGGAACAACAAAAAACUUCUUGGUCGUGUUAGAGCCUUUGAUCGACAUUGCAACAUGGUUCUUGAAAAUGUAAGGGAGAUGUGGACUGAGGUGCCAAAGACAGGGAAGGGCAAGAAAAAGGCCUUGCCAGUGAACAAGGACAGGUUCAUUAGUAAGAUGUUUCUCCGUGGAGAUUCUGUAAUCAUUGUUCUUAGGAAUCCUAAGUGAGGGAGAGUUGCCUUUGAAAUGAACAGAUCUUGUGAUGAUGAGUAUAUCAACGUAUAUCAACGUAUCAGAAAUGGAUAUUGGCUGCUUUUAUUGUCACAGCAAUACUCGGUUUUUGGCAGCCUUUCAGAUUUCCAGUCAGAAUUUCAUAUUGGCUAAAAAACCAAAUUGAGUUUCUCUGUGUGGUUAGUAGUUAACUUGUAGCCUUUGAAUGAACACGACCGGUGUUGAGUAGUUACAGUGGCUACCCUUGUUAAGUUGCAAUUAGUUUGUUAAUGACAUUGUAUCUGCAAAUCGUUGUUAUUUAUUCUCUUCUUUAAUUGAAAGAUAAUUUCAUUGAUAUCAA